CAGAGCUUGUCGGUUAUGGCAUAUCCAACGCCGCCACCAACAACGAAUCGAGCCAACAAGAGGAAGCGUGAUGAGUCUAUUGCCCGCCCUGCACCAGCACCAUUCCCUGUGGUUCUACCGCUAGGUGAGGCGGGGCCGUCGCAUAUGACACUUGACUAUCGCGAAGACGAACCGGAUUCGGAUAUAGAAAUAUCAGAUAUGACCGAGGUACCAUCUUCGUCAUCCGGGAAAGCGAACCGGAAGGCCAAGAUGAAGAUGCCGCGAGGUCAAGAACGCGUACGGGAAGAGGGUGCCCCGACCGACAUAGAUCUGACUCUGUCGACCGAUUCAGAAAGAGAGUCACCGGCAACAUGCUCGACUAAAGGAAAGGCCAAACAAGCCAAACGUCGUCGAUAUGCCAACUCUGAUGAUGAAUUCCCGAUCGAGAUCAUGGACAAGUAAACUGCCUCAGCGACUCUGUCCAUGUAACCAUACCGUCUUCAUCCAAUGCCCCUCUGUCCGUCUUGCUUCAAUCCCCUUCGGUCUCUCCAAGAGUUCCUGGACUUUCAGAAUACUCGCUUCUAUGUCAGAAAUCUUGCUUGUACUACC